CGGCGGGAGCAGCAGCGGCGGCGGGCUCGGCUUCGGCUUCGCGGCGGUGCCGGCGGCGGCGGCGGCGGCGCAGGCUCCUGCUCAGGGUCUGGCGAGCCUGGGCGUAGGCGGCGGCCCCGCGAGGCCCUUGCACCGCGCCCCGGGUCGGGGCCCUCCCCGCCUCGCCCUGCCCCGGGAGCCUGCCUCGCCGGCCGGGGAUGAGGCCGGGAGGCGGCCGCGCGGGGCCCAGCACAAAGCCUCGUCCCCAGGGGCCGCGGCGGUCGCCGCCAGCCUAGAGCCGCCCGCGGAAGCCGAGCCGGCGCCGGGGCCCUCGUUCCCGCCGGUCCCCAGGGGCGGCUGCUGCCCGUCGCUCCGAGGCUCGGGGCCCGGAGCUCCGAGCCCCUCGCUCCCGCCGCUGCUAGGGGACCGUGCAGCCGCGCAGCCUCGGCCGCUGUCGACUGUGGGGGCCCCGUGGAGCAUGUCGGAGGAGAGCGACAUGGAGAAAGCCAUCAAGGAAACCUCCAUUUUAGAAGAAUACAAUAUCAAUUGGACUCAGAAGCUGGGAGCUGGAAUUAGUGGUCCAGUUAGAGUCUGUGUGAAGAAAUCUACCCAAGAACGGCUUGCACUGAAAAUUCUUCUUGAUCGUCCAAAAGCUAGAAAUGAGGUACGUCUGCACAUGAUGUGUGCCACACACCCCAAUAUAGUUCAGAUUAUUGAAGUGUUUGCUAACAGUGUACAGUUUCCUCAUGAGUCCAGUCCCAGGGCUCGACUCUUAAUUGUAAUGGAGAUGAUGGAAGGGGGCGAGCUAUUUCACAGAAUCAGCCAGCACCGGCACUUUACAGAGAAGCAAGCCAGCCAAGUAACAAAGCAGGCAACUUUGGCCCUACAGCACUGUCACUCGUUAAACGUCGCACACAGAGACCUCAAGCCUGAAAAUCUUCUUUUCAAGGAUAAUUCUUUGGAUGCCCCAGUGAAGUUAUGUGACUUUGGAUUUGCUAAAAUUGACCAAGGUGACUUGAUGACACCCCAGUUCACCCCUUAUUAUGUAGCACCUCAGGUACUGGAGGCACAGAGAAGGCAUCAGAAGGAGAAGUCUGGCAUCAUACCUACCUCGCCAACGCCCUAUACUUACAACAAGAGCUGUGACUUGUGGUCCCUAGGGGUGAUUAUCUACGUGAUGCUGUGCGGAUAUCCCCCUUUUUACUCCAAACACCACAGCCGGACGAUCCCAAAGGAUAUGCGGAGAAAGAUCAUGACAGGCAGUUUUGAGUUUCCAGAGGAAGAGUGGAGCCAGAUCUCGGAGAUGGCCAAAGACGUUGUGAGGAAGCUCCUGAAAGUCAAGCCAGAGGAAAGACUCACCAUCGAGGGAGUUUUGGACCACCCUUGGCUCAACUCCACCGAAGCCCUGGAUAAUGUGCUACCGUCUGCUCAACUGAUGAUGGAUAAGGCGGUGGUGGCGGGAAUCCAGCAGGCUCACGCGGAGCAGUUGGCCAACAUGAGAAUUCAGGACCUGAAAGUCAGCCUCAAACCCCUGCACUCGGUGAACAACCCCAUUCUGAGGAAGAGGAAGCUACUUGGCACCAAGCCAAAGGAUGGUGUUUAUAUCCACGACCAAGAGAAUGGCGCUGAAGAUUCAAAUGUUGCCUUGGAGAAGCUCCGAGAUGUGAUUGCCCAGUGUAUUCUCCCACAGGCUGGUAAAGGAGAGAAUGAAGACGAGAAGUUGAAUGAAGUAAUGCAGGAAGCUUGGAAGUAUAACCGGGAAUGCAAACUCCUAAGAGACAGUCUGCAAAGCUUCAGCUGGAAUGGUCGUGGAUUCACAGAUAAAGUAGAUCGACUAAAACUGGCAGAAAUUGUGAAACAAGUGAUAGAAGAGCAAACCACGUCCCAUGAAUCCCAAUAAUGACAGCUUCAAACUUUGUUUUUUAACAUUUUGAAAAAUUAUUCUUUAAUGUAUAAUGUAAUUUUUAAUGUAAAUUAAUAAAUCAUUAUUUCACUUCCACAUUGCUUAAAGUUGCUAUAUAGAUUUAGAUAUAAGAUUUACUAAUAGUAAUUAUUUGUUUUUAAGAGAAGCUCCAUUCCUAGAGAUGUAUCAUUACUUUAGGACUCUUUAGUCAUAUAUUUGUAAGAUGAUAGAUGAUAUUCUCAGACAAGAUUUGUUUUAUUUGUAAUAAAGGAUGCAGAAAAGCCAGAGGUAGAUACAGGACCAAUUAUACUGAACCUUUUGCUUAGUAAACAGUUGAAUCAA